AUGAACGGCGACCUCAGCCUUUCUCAGGCUCUGGGUGGUCUGAGGAUCGCCAAUCCUGACGACGCCGAUCCGAGUCCCAAGAGCGGUAGCCUCGUCGAGAAUGUCUCUGUCGCCCAGUCCACCACAAAUCAACAAGAUCGGCAAAUACCACCCGACCCCUAUUUGCCGGCCAGGGCCGAGCAGAUGAAUCAGUCUGUGCAGGGAGCAGUAAACAAACCCGACCACAACUUGUCGCAGAACGAUCCAGCGGACCAGUCAUUUCACCAACCAUACGCAAGCGAGUCCCGCUCGCCCGCAGCAACUCCUCGCCCGAGCUCUGCAAUCUACAAUUCUUAUGCAUAUACCGACCCAGAACAGAUUUUGCACAGGACCAACACUGAGAGUUCGGCUGUAUACCGUGUUCCUUCGAGAAGUGCUUCGAACGCCGGGUCGAGACCGUAUGAUCCCAGUCGGAUAUCUCGCGAGCCAAGCGUCAAAGAUCACAACGGUGCACGCCAGCCUUCAUCGACACCCUCCUCUAGCGGUCCCGUUCCUCCUCGCCGGACAGCUUCCAAAGGCAUGGGAGGGGGAUACGCCUCUAUACCAGGGAUACCAAUGGCCGCGCCCUCAAGCAACCCGGAACUACCACUACCAACUAGCAGCGCUGAGUGGCAGGAGCGAGGAGCCGCUGUCAGUGUCAAGAGAGAAGUGGAUGCCAAUGGAAGGACGGUGAUGAAGUCUGUGCGCAAGGGUGUCCGCGACUUCUCCUUUGGCAGGGUCCUCGGUGAGGGCUCCUACAGCACCGUUUACCUAGCUACUGACAAACAGAAUCUCAAAGAGUAUGCGAUAAAGGUUCUGGAGAAGAAACACAUCAUCAAGGAGAAGAAGAUAAAAUAUGUCAACAUCGAGAAGAAUACUCUCAACCGACUGACAGAACACCCUGGCAUCGUGAGACUUUAUUACACCUUCCAGGACGAGACAUCACUAUACUAUGUGCUGGAUCUUUGCUCUGGCGGAGAGCUGCUCGGGGUCCUGAAGAAGACGGGCACGUUCGACGUCGAGUGCACAAGAUUCUAUGGGGCCCAAAUAUUGGACGCAAUUGACUACAUGCACUCCAGAGGCGUCAUACACCGCGACCUGAAACCGGAAAAUGUACUGCUGGACGACCGCAUGCACGUCAAGAUAACAGAUUUUGGAACUGCUAAACUUCUGCCGGACCCUCGUGCAGCAACGGCCCAACAGAUGCUGGAGAGGGGACCAGGAGGGGCGGGAGGCUCGGACGACGGCCGGGCGGCAUCCUUCGUGGGUACAGCCGAGUACGUCAGCCCUGAGCUACUGACGGACAAGAGCGCCAGCAAAGCUAGCGACAUAUGGGCCUUUGGCUGUAUAAUAUACCAGCUUCUGGCUGGUAGGCCGCCGUUCAAAGGGGGUAGUGAAUAUCUGACGUUCCAGAAGAUUGUGGGGCUCGAAUACGAGUUCCCUCAUGGCUUUCCAAGUACUGCCCGAGAUCUUGUAGAGAGAUGUCUAGUACUGGACCCAAACAGGAGGCUGACGGUAGAGCAUAUCCGGAACCACGAGUUUUUUGACGGACAAUAUAUUGGCAAGGAUCUGUGGAGGACCAAGGCCCCGAGGCUGAGGCCGUAUGCUUCCCCUUCUCAGGAGCCUGACAUCAUUCAUCUAAAUGGCGCCUCGUCCGCUUCACAACAAUCAAUGAACCCCCGUGGUACACACCCACAAAAUCAUCACCAUAACAACGGACCUCAAAAAGCGUCACAGCAGCAGCAGCAGCAGCAAUCCCAACCACGAAGGAUCAUAACAGAGUUGCCGCCACCAACACAACUGGACCUUGAUUGGUCACCAGUGUUGACACGGAGUAACGAGCGUAUUUUGAAACUCGGUGAUCUGAUGGUGACCACUUCACCAAUAUCCAACAGUCCCCAUGGCAAGGGUGAAGAGGGGCACAAAAAGCUUUCGAGGUUUUUUGGUGGAAGCACCACCAAGAAAAGACAACGCUUGGUAAUGGUGACGACGAGCGGGCGUAUCGUACUUGCACCCGCGGGUGGCGAUGAGAAGAAAACGAAGACGGAAAUCUCAUUACUUGCUCCGGACUGCGUGUGGAAAUCACAGGUGGAUGUCAAGGGGCAGCCGGUAUGGACCGUUGACACAGGAGGUGUGCAUUACGUCUUCGAAGAGCCAAAAGGAUCACAGUCGACCGAUAUGGGAAAGAUCUCAGUGGAUGACUGGAUCGAGUCUCUCGAGAGGGCCAGAGAUUAUGCUUUGUCGCAAGAUACACUUGGAAAUCACGAGCGAGACAACGGGGGAUUCGGUGACAUGCCAUCGUCUUUGUCGAGUCCCGCCAGUACACUGGGAGGUAGAGCAACCUAUCCGGAAUAUGGCGACGGCUUCACGGUCAGCGACAGGUCCGGUCGGUCAGCAGUGCUCAGCAAGAGCCAGGCGAGUUUGGAUCAGGACCAGGUGCCCGAGAGAAAGCGGAACCGUUUCAGCAAGAGGGCAUCAAAAAAUGGGCUCGGUGCAGCAUUCUAG